CCUUGCCUUGCUAAGCACAGAUUCUCCCCUUGGGAAGUUUUCCAGCUUUUGCAAAAUGAUGAGCAUUUCUUUGAUCUGGAUGAUUGCUGUGGUAGUGAGCUGUUGCAUAUGGUUUAUCAUUGGAAUAAGGAGAAGGAAAGUAGGUGAACCUCCUUUGGAGAACGGGUUGAUUCCAUACCUGGGCUGUGCUCUGAAAUUUGGAUCCAAUCCUCUUGAGUUCCUAAGAGCAAAUCAAAGGAAACAUGGCCACGUUUUUACCUGCAAACUGAUGGGGAAGUAUGUCCACUUCAUCACAAACUCCCUGUCAUACCACAAAGUCUUAUGUCAUGGAAAAUAUUUUGACUGGAAAAAAUUUCAUUACACUACUUCUGCGAAGGCGUUUGGACACCGAAGCAUUGACCCAAGUGAUGGGAAUACCACGGAAAACAUAAACAACACUUUUAACAAAACCCUCCAGGGAGAUGCUCUGUGUUCACUCUCUGAAGCCAUGAUGCAAAACCUCCAAUCCGUCAUGAGACAUCCCGGCCUUCCUAAAUCAAAGAGCGCAGCCUGGGUCACUGAAGGGAUGUAUGCCUUCUGCUACCGAGUGAUGUUUGAAGCCGGAUAUCUAACGCUGUUUGGCAAAGAUAUUUCAGAGACAGACACACAAAGAGCAUUUAUUCAAAACAACCUUGACAGCUUCAAACAAUUUGACCAAGUAUUUCCGGCACUGGUGGCGGGCCUCCCUAUUCACUUGUUCAAGACUGCACAUAAAGCCCGGGAAAGGAUGGCCGAGAGCUUGAAGCACAAGAACCUGUAUGCGAGGGACCAGGUCUCUGAAUUGAUCCGUCUACGCAUGUUUCUCAACGAUACGCUCUCCACCUUUGAUGACAUGGAGAAGGCUAAGACGCACCUCGCGAUCCUCUGGGCAUCUCAAGCAAACACCAUUCCUGCAACCUUCUGGAGUUUAUUUCAAAUGAUCAGGAGCCCUGAAGCAAUGAAAGCAGCCUUAGAAGAAGUGAAUGGAGCAUUACAGAGAGCUGGCCAAGAGAUCAGCCCUGGAGGGAAUGCCAUUUACUUGGAUCAAGAGCAACUGAACGACCUGCCAGUACUGGAUAGCAUCAUCAAGGAGGCUCUGAGGCUCUCCAGUGCCUCCUUGAAUAUCCGGACAGCUAAGGAGGACUUCACUCUACACCUUGAGGAUGGUUCCUACAACAUUCGAAAAGAUGACAUCAUAGCUCUUUAUCCACAGUUAAUGCACUUGGAUCCUGAAAUCUACCCAGACCCUUUGACUUUUAAAUAUGAUCGGUACCUUGAUGAAAGUGGGAAAGCAAAGACCACCUUCUAUAGAAAUGGAAACAAGCUGAAGUAUUUCUACAUGCCCUUUGGAUCAGGAGCUACAAUAUGUCCUGGAAGACUAUUUGCUGUCCAAGAAAUCAAGCAAUUUUUGAUUCUGAUGCUGUCCUACUUUGAACUGGAGCUCGUAGAGAGCCAUGCCAAGUGUCCUCCUCUAGACCAGUCCCGGGCAGGCUUGGGAAUUUUGCCACCACUAAAUGAUAUUGAGUUUAAAUAUAAACUGAAACACUGAUAUGUGGUCAGAAGAAGAGGACCCUGGGUGAUGUAACUUGACUGCCGAGAGUUCUCAGUAAACAGGCCUUUGGGACAAGUGCUCACUGAAGCCCCCUCGUCGCUGAAUUAGUGAGAAGAACUCUGCUCUCACCGCUCCCGUUCCUGGGGGUUCAUGUAGCUGGGGCCUCAGUUUCAUCACUUUCAGAACAAUGUCUUUUGUUUUUAUUUUCAAAAUGAAGAUAUUCCAAUUGGCAGGGUUUUUUUUCCUAAGGAAAUUGCUUUAUAUUUUUAUGAAAACUACCGAUUAAUUAUGGAAGUACUUCAAAUUCACGUUUUAGUGAAAUUAUUAAUUUUUCACUAGUAAGGUCCUUCAUGUGUGAGUAUAUUAUAAAAAUGUUUUAACGGAUCAUAUCAUGCUUUGCAUAAAGGUAAAGGAAAUUAUUGUUCAGCCUUUUCUAUGGUGGUGAGAGCUUGAAAAUGAUCUUACUAUUCUGGAAACACUAAGGAAGUUUUGACAUGGUCUUGCUAUAUUUUAAUUUAUUGUUGCUGGAUAUUUUCAUUCCAGUUUUCAACUACUAUAUCUUUCCUUCUUUUUGACACACAUACCAAUGAGAAGAGCAUUUUUCAGAAAUUAAAAGGGCACGUCCCAGAACCACACCAUGAGUCUAUUAAGCCUUUAAUUCCAGCCCCCGUGAGGCAGAGCCAGGCAGAUCUAUGACUCUGAGGUUAUUCUGGUCUACAUCAGCUCUAGACAAGCCAGGACUACAGAAAGGACCUUAUCUUAAAAAAAAAUAGUCAAUUUCUAUGUCAUAAUUGAUUAUGAAUCAACAUAAAAGAUAAAUUUAAAAUCAGGACUCAGAGAAAAUGACCAAUUAAAAAACUUAGCUAUGAAGUAUGUAGAGUUCAUUAAGUACAGGUUGACAUUAUAUGUUCAUUUUUUUAUGGUUUUAAAGCUAUGGUUAUAGAAAGGCAGGGAGAAAGAGAGAAGGUAGAAAGAGAGAGAGAGAGAGAGAGAGACCGACCAUGGCCAUGUGGAGAGAGGGGGGAAGGGAAAGAGAGAAGGAGGGCUAGAGAGUAAGAAAGGUGAGAGCUUAAAGAGCUUUAUGUUCUUUAAAAAUGUUUUAUGUUUUAUCUCUAAAUGCCUUAAAGAUGAAGAACAAUAAUGAAAAGCUGAAUAAUAGUGCUUAAAUACUGAGUGCAAUAGUGCUUUGGUAAUAUACUUUAAAAAGAAUUAUUAGCUAUGUCAUUUUUACUGAAAAUAUAUUUAUAUAUAAAUUAUAUUUAUCUUUUUUCUUAUAUCAUAUAUAUAAAAAUAUUGUAACAUUUAGUAAUUUAAAAAUUAUACACCUUUCAGAAAUUAACAUAUGAAUGUUCAUGUUUUAAACUUUGAACAGAACAUUUAAAUUAUUCAUCUACUGGUAAGCUACAAUAAUUUUUCUCAUAUUUAUUUAAAAUAUUCAUAUCUUCAAGAAAUCCAAAAUAUCCCGAGUAAUCCCUCACUCAAAUAUCUCCCUAAGAUUACAGUAAAUUCAAUAAUAGGUUUUUGUCUGCGAGGACUGGAGCAGGGUCUUGUGGAUGCUGUGCAGGUCCUCCAACAGAGAGCUGUAUCCACAAGACACCUUCAACUUUUUAAACCUUACCACUAAAUACCAGCACGGAGUUAUUACCUAGGAAGGCUAUGCCUCUUGCCUUUUUCACUUUGACAGAGGCGCAUGGCAACCCAAGCAGGAACGCUCCGCGUAGCUGAAGCAAGCUUCAAACCUCACUGUGCUUCCUGCGUUUCCUUGUUUUAGGAAGUAAUUUUCAAGACCAGGAAAAUUUAAUUGUUUAGAUGAGGUAUAAGAAAGACACGAUUGUGUUAUAUACUAAUCUGUACGAAACUAAAUUUGUUUUUAAAACAAGUCUUAUGACUCCCCGAAUUGAAUGUAUCCAUACACCUUCUCAUGGCUUUCUAAAAGCAUAUUUUUUUUCCUACAGAAUGACGGGUCUCAUGGUGGUGCCUUCUUCUCAUAUUCUAUUCUUGUGCAGUGAUGGUUAGCAAAUGAUAGCCCAUCAACCAAGGUUACUCUUCCCAUUUCUGUACAGCCUAAGUGUUAAUAAUUUUUACAUUUUAAAUGCUUAGGGGGAAAAAGCACAUGUCUAUUUUAUGUCAUAUAUGAAGUAUGUGAAAUACAGACUGGCAAACCCGUGACUAAAAUUUUUAUUGGGAUAUCAGAAGCCUCAUUCUUUGCGUUAUGUCUACAAUUCUAUUUUUUGACAUGUGUAUGUAGUGUGCAUUCUUGUGGAGGCAUGUGUGAGUGCAUGUGCACAUGUGGGUAAAUACGUGUGCAUGCGUGUGGAGGCUGGAGGCUAUGUUGAGUGUUUUCCUCCACAGUUCUCCCUUGAAGGUCUCUCCCUUGAGCCAGAGUCCAAUGCUUAGACUAGCAUAGCCAACUUGCCCCAGCGCCCUUGAAUUACAGGAAGUUGCCACGCCCUCCUGGCAUUUACCCUGGUGCGGGAUGAGCUUCACAAUGGCAAGUGCUUCGUCUGCUGGUCCCAGUGUCUACAGCUUCUUGCUGUGUAAUUGUAAAGGCAAGGUACUGUGACAGAGACCAGGAGAACACAGAGCUUGCCAUUUCAAAGAUCAGUUUCUCCACAGGAAAAAAGAAAAAAGAAAAAAAAAAAGAAAAAAGAAAAAAAAAGAAAAAAGUCCCAAUAUUUGCCAAUUCUAACUGCAUAAGAAACCCCUGUAUGCUUUUCUUAAAUGAAAUUUUAUUAACUUAAAAUGUACCAGUAUCUGGAAAAAUUUAAAGCACAUGAGCAGAAUUCAUUUAAAAAUCUGUGGAUAUAGUUUUAUCCAAACUGUCAAUUUAGGCAUUAAUUAAAAACUACACCAUUCAUUUUAGAAAAAUUUUUAUUUGAAAAAGGCAUCUACAUUAAAAAACAAUGAUGUACAUUACAUAUGUAUGUGUUAAAAUAUCACAUUAAGUUAUGUUUUACACCAGCUAAAUAUAAUUAAUAACAGCAUUACAAUUCCCCAAUAUAAGGUAAAGCGGGCAUGAAACAAACCACUGUGAAACUUUCUCAGGAUUGCAGUGGUCCAGUGUAGCGUGCGCAUGUGUAUGACACUUGUGUUGUGUCAGAAAUUCUUCACUGAGGCUCAUAUUACCACCACCUCUGCAUUUCACAGGAGCCAGAAGCCAUUCGCCCUCAUCGCAAUGCUAUGACAGAUGGUAGAGCUCUGAGAAUUUGAGCCCAGGAUGCUGUGUUCCAAAGCCAGCAUCUACAGGACGUCCAGAAGGCAAACUGUCUUAAUUCAUAUCAAUGAAAAGAUAAGCCACAAUAAACUCAAUUAAUGAGGCCAUUCCUGUUCUUAGGUUCCCACUGGCUGGGAAGACCACUCGGUCAGAGAGUAUGGGCAUUUCAGCCUGGGCUCAGCUGGUCAAGGAGGCCAGGGAGGAGACUGGGGGCUCUGAGAACCCAGGCAGGCCACGACACAUCAACUAUGUCUUAUUCUCACCUCACCUCCGACAGCAUGGUGUCUCUUCAAACACUGACAGAACAACAUGAGACGCUUCUUGUGAAGUCUUGUGCUGUUCCUACGGUUGCUGCUACACGUCUUUGAGGCAGUAAAAUCAAGGCUUUAGAUUUGGUCUCAGUCAUGGAUGGCGUUAGCUUGGAGCUUCUGUCGGACAUUUUCUCAAUCAUACUGUUAGCAAUUCAGUCCUACCCUAUACCCUGAUAAGGCAGCAGUACCAACUCUGUAGACCGUCUACGUCAUCUACAGCCAUGUCGUCCAGAUCUCGUUUUAGUUAGAAGCUGGCAUUCAGUAAACAGAAAAGUGAUUCUGUUUAAAAAAAUUCACAGUACAAAAAUUCACAGUACAGGGUGUGCAGGACUCUAGAACUUACCUAUUUGUCCUGGUCUUUGCAUUGUGCUAACUGUACAUUUUCUAUUCUGUAUCCCACUCUCCAAAUCACAGGCUUUAUAGACUUUCAACAAU